CUCCAUUACAAACCACACACACACAAAAAGAUCAUCUUUACUUAAGUGACCAACAGCAGGAGACAGCUUUACUUCUCUCUUUUUUUGCUUCUCAUACCCACACACUCACCAGACGAAGAACAACUCGAAGGCACUCCAGACAUCUGUCGUCUAUCACCAUGGAACUCUGUCUUUAUAAACGCUUGUUAGUAGUCUUGCUGCUACAUCUAUGCCAGGGUCAAGACCUGGCUGUCCCAUCGCCCAGCACGGAAUCUGUUCUACCAAGUCUAGGUGAUGUAAUGGAUGCAGUGAAAGCCGCAUUUCUAGAGGCUGUGAAGAUCUCAAAGGAUAAUGGAGUACGAGCGGUUUUUGAACAGGUUGUGGAGGAACUAGGGCCACAAGAGAAUAUAGCUGAGAAGCCUCCAGUGACAGCUGACAACACAGAAGAUGGAUUACCUGCAGUGGUGCAUGAACAUGGAGACAACGAAACAACAAGUCUCAGUGAUGAGAAUGCAAAGCAGGAGCAAGCCGAACCGAAAUUAAACCCAUCUGAACGAACACUGGUGCUUCCACAUGAAAAGCAAGGUAGACACGGUGCAGGGUUGCGUCAGAAACCAGGUGAGAAACCUGUGGAGGUGAUUUACUGGCGAAAUAAAUCAGACGAAGAAUCAGUUCAGGAUGUAGAGGAUCCGGUUCCAAACAUAGCUCGAGAUCUAGUGGAGUCAACCCAAGAAUCAAAAGAAUCAUUUGAGCUUGAAUCAGAAGACAAGAGCCCCGGUGAUCAAAAGGAAGCCGAACAGGAUGAAUCCCAAAUUUGGUCUUUUGAAUCAGCACCAGUAGGAGAGCGAGAAGAGCAAGCAGGAGUAGAUGAAGGAAAACAGGAGCAGGUUGAGUCAGAAUUGGUAAAAGUUCAAGAGCAGACCCAAGAUACUGGUGAAAUUGGAGAAAUGGAAAUAGAAGAUGGGCAGAAAAAAGAUGUGGAGGCAGAUAUAGAGUCAAAGAUCCAGAAAGGGGGACUGUUUGAGCUGGCUAAACAAACAGAACCACAACCUGAUCAAGACCAAGAGCACGGUCAGCUAACCGAUGAUGAUGUAAAAGUGAGAAUAGUGGUUAAGGAGAAACAGAACAAAGAUGAGCAGAGACUAGUAGAUGUUGGAGGACAUGUGGUUGAAGUCAAAACUGAGAAAGAAGACAUGGCGGUAGACGGAGCACACAUUGGCGAAGAGUCAGUAGGAGGAGAAGCCGAGAUGGAGGGUCUGAUCCCCGUGUCGAAAGCAACAGAGAAGACUUCUCAAGAACUAGCCACAGAUGACAUGCGAGAGACUAAUGACCUGAAUGACAUUGUGACGUCCAGAGACCCAGUGCUCAACUGGGAUGUCCCGACACUGGGCAUCAGUGGGAAGGCACUCCCUCCUUUCCCAACUGUGGCUAUACUAGUAGAACUCGGAGAAAGUGAUGAACUAGUGGAGGAACCUGCAGACAAAACACAGUCCACCACUCCAACGCAGGAAGCCUGGAAGAUUGGAGUGAUAGCGUUAGCAUUCUUCCUCAUUCUGCAGACCCUCGUCACUGCUGUCUACAUUCUGAAAUGCGAGAGAAGAAGAAACAGUUGCGCAGUCCCAGAGAGAGUGUGCGAAGAUGGAAACGAAGCUGUUGAACAUGAUGGAGCAAACGCAGACACUGACGAACAGACCACGGUGGAUGAUCUACCAGAGUGCUCCGAAAUCCAGCGAGAGAUGUUCGCUAUGAUUCCAAUUCACACACACAGUACGGUGGAGAAGUCAUUCAAUCAUUGAACUUCUGUUCUUUAGAGCUACUGCUUCAACACCACUGCCUCAAAUAUACUGUAUGUGUGUUUGCAUCUCUGUGACCGUGAUAUAUAGUCUAUAUAUACACUACCAGUCAAACGUUUGGACACUCUAGAUCAGGGGUGUCCAAUCUUAUCCGCAAAGGGCUGGUGUGAGUGUAGAUUUUCAUUCUAACCAAGCAGGAGCCACAAUUGAUUCCACCUGUUUAAUCAGUUGAUCUUGGCUUUCAAUAGACUCAGGUGUGGCCUCUGCUUGGUUGGAAUGAAUACCCGAACCCACAAAGGCCCUUUCCGGAUAAGAUUGGACACCUCUGCUCUAGAUAGUUGCAUCACGGUCUGGGAAAACCUGUCGGAUGUUGGUAUGUUCAUAUUGGAAUUCUGGAAAAUGCUGAAAAUAGAGGGUUUAAAAAAUUAUUUUUUUAAAUUUUAUUUUAUUUUUUGCUACUAGCAUAUUUUGACAUCUCUACUUUGAAAUAAAACCAAGAAAUUUAGUCAAGAGAACAGAACUAACUGUAUGAACCAGCAAUUAUCAACAUUUCCUACAGUCAACAUAUAAUAUUUGAAAAUUUGUCAUUUUUUUCCUUAGUAGAUUAGGUUAUAAAUAUAGCAGUGGGUGAAGUGUCUUUCAGUGGAAUUUGAGUAAAAUCACCAAAUGCAUUUGUCUGCAUUAUCACAUUUGAUUGUUUUUAAAAGCCAGAACGUUACUUGGGAUUGAAAUACUGUACGUGCAAAUCAUUUGGCAAUUUUUAGUUCAGGAAAACCUGCAGUUUUCAAAACUCUAUAUAGUAAAAAUCUAAAUUUCACCAUGUGAAGGGUUUUCCCAGGCUGCCACACAUAUAUUUCACUGUUGUGAAGAUGCUUAUUUGUCACGCAUGUAAAUAGUGCAGUUAUUGAAUGUGAAUAAACUUUGUCUAUGAAUCAAAAUGUGUUUUUCCUAUAAGUAGGUUUCUUUAAAUUGUAAGUAGUUUUCCUUGAAAUUGCAUUUCAAUAGAAACAACUGGAAAAAUAAAAGCUUCCUAGCUGAAGGUCCUCAUAAACCUGGUUGAGAAGAUUGGUACGAUGUUGGUGUGAUUUGUUAUUUCAUAGUGUCAGUGUCUUCAUUAUUAUACUAAAUGAAUAGAAAAUAGUACAAAUGAAACAGAACCUUAUAUGAGAGCAUAUUUCUAGACUUUUGAUUGGUUGUGUGUGUAUGUAUAUAAGGUCUGUCCUCUAUGUACCAGAUUAAACGUUAAAACCUAUGUUAUAGAUAACAGUGAUAUGAUCAAAAUAAAGUAAAGU